UUUAUUUCAGUUUGGACAAAUUUUGUGCGCAUGCGCACUACAAUUAAAUCGCGCACAGCUAAAAAAAAAAAAAAAACGGCUAGCCUAGCGUCUUAGCCUUCUAGCUAAGUUACUCUGAAUUUGUUUCGAAGCUCUCGUGAUUUUUUUCUUCCCACACACACAAAACUCAGAUUUAGGUCAACGAUGAUCAAAUCAUCUUUCACAUCGAGCGGUAACGCGGAAGGACCCGAUAAAGUCGACAUGUCUCUCGACGACAUUAUACGGUUAAAUAAGAAGCAGAAGCAGGUCCAGAGCCAGAAGGUGGCGCUGAGAAGGCAGAGGCUCGGCGUUCGAGGACGGUUAGCGCCGGGGAGACGGGCAGGAGCGCCGCAGCAGCACCGGGGAGGAGGGGUGAACAAGCCGUUCAGGCGGCGCGCGCAGGGUGUCAUCACCGGCCUUGCGGCGAGGAAAGCGGCCCUGCUGAAGGGCGUCAGCCCGUUAAACCGACCCGCACUCAACCGCGCCAACGUGAACCGCGUCAACGUGAACCGAGCUCCGGCGAGAAGAUCCGCUCUCUUUCAGAGAACGCGGCCGUUCUUUUCACAGCGCAGACACACGGUCCCGCACGUGCAGACGCAGAGGCGGCCGUACACGCAGCCGGACACACGAAAAGUUCCGGGCCGCGUCUCGAACAGACCCUUCAGGCUGCGACGGAAAUGGAACGCUCCUCCAGUGAACGAGCCGCAGAGGGAGGCGCGCCAGGCCACGUUCCUCUCCAGAAGAGGCCUAAAGGUUCAUACACAAGUGCAGAAGACGGCGCCGAUCCAGCCAGCUCAGAGAACACAAAGAACCCGACCGUGGCGCACUCCUGUGAACAGCAGCGGCAUUCUCACCGUGUCGAUAGAUAACCCCGGAGCCAGGACUCAACCUGAACCCGCCCACUCGUGGUCGCUCCACCCACCACCCGCAGUGACUCCACCUGCUCAGAACACAGCGCCAGAGCCGGAGAGGAAAAAGCCCAAAGGGGUGCCGCUGCAGUUCGACAUCAACAGCGUGGGAAAACAGACGGCCAUGACGCUUAACGAACGCUUCCGCAUCCUGAAGAUGAAGCGCAUGGCGGCGGCCCAGCAGAACGCCAGAGGUGGGCGCUUCGUCACCGUGGGCUAGCACUCCACCCUCAGAGCCGAUCCCAAAAGCCCGCCGAGGUCAUGUGACUGCCUCGGCACCUUUAGGGCAUCACACAGGAGGACGGUUUCUCUCCUCGGAUGCUCAGACGCCGGUUAAACUGACUUUCCUGCUCCAAAGAGCCGCAUUAUUAUUUUCUUCCAUUCAAGUUUGGAAUACGAUUCAGCGGGAAUUCUUUCCAUAAUUUGUGUUCUGCAGUUGCCAUUUUUCAGUGACACUAUUUUUUAUUUUUUCCUCUCCAAAGCCAGAGUUCCUGUGUUUAACUCUUUUUUUUUUUUUUAACCUUUUACAGCCUGAUCUGAAAUUUUAGUGUUUUCUGAGCUUUUUUCGUUGUUGUUGAACAGCUGGGUGUUUUAAACAUUUUUUUCAUAUUAUUUCAAAAAAAUCAUAAUAAACACCUACUUCUUGUGA